AAGACAGCAAAUAAAAAAAAUGCCCGAUCGUGGUAUAGUAGAAUAAUUAAUAAUAAAUAUUGAAUCAAAAUUUGAAGUGUUGCAUAAUAUAUAUUGUAUCAAAACAUAACAUGUUACAAACUAAUUUUAUUGCUUUAAACAGCUAAAAUGUUUUCGUUGGUCGCAGAUUACGGGAACAGUGAGGAUGAAAGCUCAGUGGAGUCUUCCAUUGCGGAGAAUUCAGAUGAAAGCGUAAACUUAAAGGGGAAACAAACAUUUCAAAUGUUGGAACAAACAACUCUUCCCAGCGCAAGUUUGAUGUUAGCUACUGAUAAAGCAAUUCCCGGGGGCGUGUUUAGCAAUCCCUUUCGAGAAGCGGAAGAUGCAAAAAUAGCUUGUUUGGAAAAACACGUUAAAAUGGUUGAUCCGGAAAGCAAAACUAGCGAGCAGAAGCGAAAUAUUUGCUGGAAUUUUCGCAAAGGUCGCUGUCGGUUUGGAAGCAAAUGUAAUUAUGUCCACGACUCAGAUUUGAUAGUAAAUAAGGGAGUUCAGGGUAAUCAAAUCAAUAUUGAAACAGCAGAUAAAUUAGUUGAACAUUCCAGCUUAUCAAUAGAUAAUCGGACAACCAGAAAACAUGAUAGCAAAAAGAAACGCCCCGGCUUAAGCCGCGAACUUGUUCCUCCUAGGAAGGUAUUAAAAAUGUAUCAAAAAAGUAAAUUUAGCGGAAAACCUUGACCUAGGAAAAACUUUAUCAGUGCACGUAACAGAUUGUCUGUUGAUCAGAGAGUUUUGAAAAUAAACAUUCAAGUAUUAAGGCUCACAUAAUACAAAGAUUUCUCAUGCAGAAGCAGGCCAAUUAAUCAUUGUGUAUGUGGAUUAGUAUAAUAGAAAAUAAUUUAAGAUCAGUGAUGAAUCAGUUACACAGGUGCGGUAUCUAGGAUAUUUUGCGCCCGGUGCAAAAUAUUGUUUGCCGCUCCCUAGCUUUAGCGAGCAAAAAUGAAAAAGGUCCCUCGACUGGACCACCGAAAAUUCCACGGUCUCACGAUGAUCAUUAGGUCCUAAGAGCAAAUGACAGUUUCUCUUUGUUUACAUUUUCAUUCAAUUAUUAUGAAAUAUUCUUAAUUUUUUGAUAAUUUUUUCGGUGCGGAUUAAAAGAUAAUAAUUCCAGUUAUUAUUCUUUGUAAAUAGGAUUGCUAAGAGUGUCUUGAUAAUCAAAUCAGAAUGUAAACAAAGAUAAUCUGUCAUUUACACUUAGUAUCUAAUCUAAUGUUUAUCGAGAAAGAGAAACUCUCAUUCUCUCCGGCAAACGACCGCCGAAAAGGUUAGAGCCGGGGUAAAAAAACGAUAAAUAAAAAAAACUGUCAUUUGCA